AUGACUUCGGCGCUGACUGAUGGCACCUCUCGCCCGAGCACCUACACCUACACCAGCCGGCCCCGAGCACUGCCCUGCCAGCGCAGCCGUUACCGGGACAGCCUGACGCAGCCAGAUGAAGAACCUAUGCGUUAUGGAAACAUAAUGUAUGACAGAAGGGUAAUUCGAGGCAACACUUACGCACUCCAGACAGGGCCACUGCUCGGACAGCCUGAUUCUCUAGAGCUUCAGAGACAACGGGAGGCUAAGAAGAGGGCUCUUGCCAGAAAACAAGCCCAAGAGCAGCUCAGACCACAAACACCUGAACCUGUGGAAGGCAGAAAGCAUGUCGAUGUGCAAACAGAAUUAUACCUUGAAGAAAUUGCUGAUCGCAUAAUAGAAGUUGAUAUGGAAUGCCAAACAGAUGCAUUUUUGGACAGACCACCAACACCACUCUUUAUUCCUGCCAAAACUGGCAAAGAUGUGGCCACCCAGAUACUAGAAGGAGAGCUCUUUGACUUUGAUCUUGAAGUUAAACCAGUGUUAGAAGUUUUGGUGGGGAAGAUAAUUGAGCAGUCUCUUCUGGAAGUAAUGGAAGAAGAAGAGCUGGCUAACCUGCGGGCCAGUCAGCGUGAGUAUGAAGAACUACGGAAUAGUGAACGUGCUGAAGUUCAACGACUUGAAGAGCAAGAGAGGCGACACCGAGAAGAAAAAGAACGGCGUAAGAAACAGCAGUGGGAAAUAGUGCACAAGCACAAUGAGACAUCACAAAAAAUCGCCGCCCGAGCAUUUGCACAGCGUUACCUGGCUGACCUUCUCCCGUCUGUUUUUGGCAGCCUCAGGGAUAGUGGCUACUUUUAUGAUCCCAUUGAAAGAGAUAUUGAGAUAGGAUUUCUUCCAUGGCUAAUGAAUGAAGUUGAAAAAACCAUGGAAUAUAGCAUGGUGGGAAGAACAGUGCUUGACAUGUUGAUCCGUGAAGUGGUUGAAAAGAGACUGUAUAUGUAUGAGCAUAAGGAAGAAACACAUCGGUCUCCAGAACCAGAGGAUGAGCCUGGUGGUCCUGGAGCAGUGACAGAGUCACUGGAGGCCUCUGAAUUCCCGGAGCAGAGCAUGUCACAGACGCAGGGGCUGCUUUUAGAUGGAGACUAUGUACAAAGAACAACAUAUGACAGAAGGUCAUCCCAGGAAAGGAAGUUUAUGGAAGAGACAGAGCUAUUAGAGCAGGAUGAAGAAUCAGCAAUGAGGAAGUCCUUAGAGGAGGAAGAAUUGUCAUAGGAGGGGAGCUUCGAAGUCAUGAAACCAAUCAACAGCCAAGUCAGCAAGCAAUCAGGAAAACUAUUUCACCUACUAUAAGAGAGAAUGCCUAGCCAGGCGUGGUGACUCACACCUGUAAUCCCAGCACUUUGGGAGGCUGA